AUGAACAACAAUAACAAUUUCAGUUCGAAUUCUACUCAAUUAUUGUAAUAACUCUACAAAAAGAACCUAUAUCUCAAGUAAUCCUGGUUAGACAACUAAUUCUCUAGGGGAUUAAGGACUGAAGCUUAAAUUAUAUCUGCAUUCAGCAAAGAGCCAAACAUUGCCGAAGCAGUAAACCAAACAAUGCUCAAGAAAUUUGACUUUAAUAAAGAAUUAAAAGUGACUACUUUAAAUGUGUCGAUGAUUGUUCAGAUACAGUAAGCAUUUAAUAUUGGAGUUAGUAAGAGAGAUCAGGAUGAAGAUGUAAACCUCGAAGAAGAUGAUAAGGAUGAAGACAAAUUUGAAAAUAAAUAUUUAGACCCUGGAGCAUUAAAAGAGAAGAAGAAAAUAAACAGAGAUGCCAGUAGAAUGAUGAAAAUUACGUUCACUGAUGGGCUUAAUACUUUUGAUGCCUUCGAAGAAGAGAGACUCAAACAUAUUGAUUGCUUUGGUCAAGGUCAGAAAUUUCUAUUGAAAGCAGGAAUUGAGGUAAGAAGAGGUAUGUGCCUACUUAAAAAUGACAAGAUUUCUUAUUUUGGGGAUAUUCCGAUCAUUCCACCAAACAAGUAAGAAGAAAAAAAGAAUAAUUUCUUCAACUAGCCGAAUUAAAAUUCAAACAGCAACAAUAGAUAUAACAAUGCGAAUAGCAAUUCAUAAAUUAAAAACACAAACUAAGCCAACAACUAAAAUAUUAACAGCAACAAUAUCAAUCCAACUGGUGGCUAAAAUAGAUAAAAUAAUUAAAAUUUUACCAAUAAUACUUAGUUAGGCUACAGUGAAAACAAAUUACAAAACUAAAAUUAAAAUACUUAUCAGAAUAAUAGGCAGUAAACAAAUAAUGCUCCAGCAAAUAAUUGGAAUAUCUCAGACAAAUAAUAAUAGUCUUACAACAAUCAACAAUAUGGCAAAGGCCCUAAUCAAUCCAAUUAAAAGUAACUUAAAGAAGUUUAGACAAGCUACAACUAUGCUGACUUCUAGAGUUUAGGUAGUUUGAAUCAAAGUAGCGGAUUAAAUUCUAGCAAUAACUAAAGGAAUCAAUCUGUUAAUAAUAUAAACAUUCAAUCAGACAGCUUUAAGUUAAGCAGCAACUAUAGUUAUAAUAAUUCUAGCAUGAAUAAAAGCAUAACGAAUUAAUAACCUUAGACAUAUAACGCCCCUCUCUAUGCCAAAACUGCACAAAGAUUGGAGUAGAUGGAUAAUCAGAAAUAAAAGAAUGGUGUCAAUAACAUGCAGUUCCAAGAAAACUCGGAAGAGAUAAAUAUAGAUGAGUUAGAAGACUUGGUGAAUGAAUUAAGCUAUGAAAAUGAUUAAAAGGCUAAUGAAUCAGCUAUAUAUGACUACAACGCCUAUAUUGAUAGUUAGAGAGUGCAAUAGCAUUAGCAAGUAUAGCAAAGAAUUAGCAAUAACAUCGUUCCCUCAAGUAGUAAUAGUAAAAACUAACAGAACAACUAUUAGUAUAAAUAAGCACAACCUCAAUAGUAAACGAAAUAGUAGUAGAAAUUUUAAUAGAUGGAUGAUGACAAUGAUUCAGAAUUUAGUGAGAUUUGCUUUAUUGAUAUCGAUUGA